AUGGUCCGUCAAAAGCGUGCAUGCCUUCAAUUCCUCAUGUCUUCAAACCGUCCUCUCCAUGGUGAUCGGCCAUUGAUUCCUGUGCUAUAUUUUGUUACAGGUCUCAGUGCAGUUGUCAUGGUAUACUCUGUUUACUCCCACCUUAAAUCCCAUUCCGAAUCGCAUGCAACCCUUCCACGCAAAAAGCGGGAUAUAUUAAAACAGGAAUCUAAAAAAAAACUCGAGGAUGCUCACACUGCCACACUUAGUGCAGUAAAAAUUAUCCUUGAACGUGCCAUGUCAGAUGCCUAUCUUCCUAUUAUUAUCAGUGCUUGUCGUAAUGAUCAGCCUGUAGAGGACCGAUCAAAUGCACUUACUACACUUCAACUACUUACACGCCGCGAGAGAAACAAGCCAGGGCUCUUGGCAGCAGGUGCUCUUGAUGUACUUGUCGAAGCUCUUAGAUGUACUGAGCCAGACAUGAAAGAAACCACAAAGCGAUACGUAGCAGUAGCCAUAUGUGAUCUCAUCCAGGGCAACGAUGCCAACAAAUAUGCUAUUAUUGACUUGGGUGUUCUUGACCCGGUCAAAACAAUAUUGACAUCUACCGAUAUCCGUAACAACGAGCUGAAGUAUUGGACCUUGAUGAUUCUCUAUCAGAUUUCUUUGAGUGAUCCUUUUCCAAAAGUUCUUAUUCGUAGUGGAUUCAUCGGUCUUAUAGCCAAAAUGGCACGUAUGACCUAUGGCAACACCAAUAUGCCAAAGUUCUGUAUGCAGAGUCUGGUACGAAUUUUAGCCAAUGUAAAUUCAACAGAAUCCAAGAGCAUUUUGAUUGAGUUACUCGAUUACCAUAUUGUGGACCUUAUUUCCAUUUGUCUUCGUGGUGGCAAAAUGUCCAAAUAUGCACAGAUGCUUACUACCAAUGUAAAUAUUCUGAGGAGAUCAGAUAUAGCAGCCGACGAAUUUCGCAACAUUAAAGGCGUUCAUAAUAUCUUGGCCAGUUUAUUGUCUGCUGAAGAGAUGUAUAUAUCUCGUAUUGUUUUACGUACAGUUAAAUUCAUGGCAUACGGUCAAGACAAGUUCAAACAAGAAAUGAUACACACUGGUAUGGUCAAGAAGAUAAUGCAUUGCCUGACAUUGAACGAUGAUGAUGUUCGGUAUUGGGCUAUACUAUGUAUCCACACAGUUUCUGGUCAAGGCAGUGGGAUUCUUGGUGCACCAGAAAUCGAAAUAUUACUACAAUUGGGUGUUUCACGAAAGGUUCAUGUUGCCAUAUUUGUCUCAGACAUAUUAUCUUUAAUAUGCUGUAUGCCCACUAAUACGGACGGUAUGGCUCCUCAUAUAGACUCUAUUGUCACCACAUUAAACUCUCUAUUGAUGUGGGAAGAGCAGAGCUUUGCUGAUAAGGUACUGGAAGUCUGCUUUGAUAACAUCAUGUCUGUUUGUGUAACUUCAAACUUUGAGCGUGUUCAACUAACAUGUGCGAAAGCAAUUGUAAUGCUUGCCAUCAAAUAUUCGGAUGAUCCAGAAAUCAGUACACGAGUCGGACUAAAGGUCCUUGAAUCACUCAUAAAAACCACAACUAGUAUUGCCCAGUCAAUACUUCCAACAGUUAUGAUGCAAGCGCUUAUCCAAGAAGCUAAAAAAGGUGUAUUUAUUUUAACGGCUCUUGACUAUCAUACAAACCAAGAUCAGCUACCAGCAGAAUCCUAUGGGAUUUUUGAGCCGGACUAUAUCAAUGUCAAUUCAUCUGGAACCAUAACCAAUGCCUCACGUCUCGAAGAAAUGCUCCAGAACACGAAUAACUUUGAGGAUCGCUUAGAGGGUGUACUCGAAGACUCCAGUAAUACACCUGUAGAUCGCUCUAAUAAUGGACACUCGGAGAGCUCUAUGAUAAACGAUGAAUUUUUGUAUGAAGGUACCUCUUCUCAGGGAAGAGAUUACUUAAAGUCUGCCGAGCUAUCUCUUGGUGCCCGCCGAAGAAUUAGUGGCGCAUUGAGUGCAUUAAAAAUCAUGCUGGAGAAUGAUCAACUUGUACGUCAGAUUGGCGAAAAACACAUAGAUAAUGUACGAAAUACAGUACGAAAACAUCCUCGUGAACACGAGACACGUAUUGAAGGCCUGUUAUCAGAUUCCAUGUGCGAGUUUGUAAAAGUUUUAGUCUUUAUGGCUCUUUACCCAGUUCUUGAAAUAUGGGCUCUUCGACAUGGACCUAGCUUGGAUGCAGAUAAGAUUGACGAAGCCAUAGCAAAAGAAUCCUACCGUGAAUUGCUGGUGUGGAUACGAGAUUCAAUGCGAAUAGAUCAGAAACUCACUGCUAUUACUCCUGCUACCACAAGUGCUUCAUUUCACAAACAUUCUUUGGAUAGCUCAUCUGAAGAUAGUGAAGAUAAUAUGGAUAUGAUGCCGGGGCAAAAAUAUAAACGCAAGAAAGGGAACUAUCGACACCACUCUCCUUCUUUUGGCGAGUCUCAGGCUACCAAGAUUUAUACAGGCCUCACUACACGUUCACUUAUGACUAUCAAAUCUCUCCUUCGUUUCGAUUCUGCUCGGAUUUACUUGGUGCAAGAGAUGAAUAUUGUUGAAGUCUUACUGUAUCUGUUUGAAAGUUCCCGCUCCCUUUCUGAUCAUAUACUAGCAUGUAUUGGUGUUUUAGUGAACUCUGAUUACUACACAUUAUCAAUAUCAACAAUCUCAUUACAAACCUUGAUGGUUGUGUUUUGGAAGCAUAUGUUGUUCUCGUUGAAUCACAAACGAUCGUUUAUUUCUUAUGCUCAUCUGGUCAUGGCCUACGGAGCACACGCUACUCGGUCGCAUGACAGAAGCACACAUACCAUUGGGUUUGCCGAAAUUGACAUGAACACACGCACACCGUUCUGCUUAGUAAACCCAAGCUGUAAACUGAGUGUACGUAAUGAAGCAUGGACCUUUGAAACCAUUCGUUGUACAGAAUGCACACCAAUUAUAUCUGAUGUACCGAACAGCUUAGCGGAACGUUAUUGUUUCGAAGUUGUUUUGGAUACAGAUGGACUUAUGCAAGUUGGGUGGGUUUCUGAUGCGUUUGAAAUGGAUCCUGAAGGGGGAACUGGUGUGGGUGAUGAUGAUUUUUCAUAUGGAUACGACGGCUGCCGCGCUAAGAAAUGGCACGGAAGAAGCUCGGCAUAUCGCACUGCUUAUGGACAGACAUGGGCAGCUAAAGACGUUAUUACAUGUGCUAUUGAUUUACAUCUUGGAGAAUUACGGUAUUACCGAAACGGGGUUGAUAUGGGUGUUGCCUUUACUGAAUUAGAUACAAAUCAAUCUUGGUAUCCAGCUGCAUCUUUAUCUACCGGACAAUCUCUUAGUUUUAAGUUUGGUGGCCCUUUGGAUCGGAUAAAAUAUAUACCUGAGGGAUACAAAACAAUCUCUGUGUUGGCUCAAGCUUCCGGUUCGACUUACAUGGAGCUCCCACCACCUCAGAUAAACGCUCGCAUUUAUACCGAUUCAUGCGCUAAUUACUUGUCGGAUAUAGGGAUGUCUAGAUCUGAUAUAAAUACCUUUACAGAGCUCACUGAUGAAGGAAAUGUCGAGCCCAACCUUAGACCUAUUGACGGGCUAGACUUUUGGAAUACUUCUACAUCAGAAAAUUAUACAAACGAGCGUUUCACUCGAAGAGUAUUUAUUUUGCCUAAACCGAGUUUUCGACUGUUCUCUCAACAGCCGUGCGAAGAAGACUUAAGAACUCUUCCCAGUCUAUAUUUUGAGAUCGCGCUUGUUUUCUGUCAGAGUGAGGAAGACUUUAUGGAUUGUUCCCUGGAGGGACAGAGUAACUCGGAUGAAGAGAUUAUGGAAGCAUGGGCAGGUCAUAGUGUUGUCACAAUCGGAUUCAGAAGUUUAUCACCUAUUCAAGUCCGCCUCAAGUAUCAUUCAGCAACUCAACAAGCUAUUGUAUGCCAAGGUCGCUUCGCACGCACAAUGCCUUUUACUUUAAACAUUCAAGACGGUGAUGUAAUUGGAAUGUUUUACAUCGAAGAGACGGAGCGCGUUGGAAUUAUCGUUAAUGGAGAAUCAACUCUUGUCGUACACCUCGAUAGGAAUAGUGGAUUUAGACCUUUCAUGCCUUAUGAGCAUGGUGCGGCAAAGUCUCGGAUCAAUUACGGAGACAAACCAUAUCGUUGGCAGCGUGCCAGUGCAAUAUCUCUCAAAGAGAAAUCUUGUAGAUAUCUUAACCGAGUAUUAGGAUAUUAA